AAUAACCUCUAUUUUGAUAAUCGCCUUCGCCCCCUGGGUUUUCCCCAAUCUCCCACUCCUGAAAAACAAAAUUUCAUCCCCGUAACCUCCAAAUCCAAUCCCAUCUCCCAUCAGGGUUUUGGUAGUGUUACUGAUUUCGACUCGUUGAUUCAUUCGGAGAUAAAAAAAGAAGAAGAAGAACAAGAAGAAUCGAAGAUGGAGAGUGGCGGCGUUCUAUCUGCGACCGACCAGCAAAAUAUGGUCUCUUUGUUUCUUGAAAUUGCUGUCGGACAGACUGCCGACACUGCCAGGCAGUUUUUACAGGCCACAAGCUGGAAACUUGAAGAAGCUAUUCAACUUUUUUACAUAGGAAACGAAGGUGGAGCAGCUGCAUCAUCGUCUCCAUAUGUUCCACCUGUAGAAAACGAUGGGCUUUUGUCCGACCAAAACAUCGGAGGCUCAGAGAACAACAACGGUUCCAAAAACACCAGAGAAGAUGAUAACAAUGAAGUUCGUGCACCUCUACCAGUGAAAAGGGAUGUUCUUUAUGACACUCCAAUGCGCUUUGGAGCAACAAGAUUGGGGUAUACUCCACUUGAAGCACGUACAGUUGUACCCUUUAGAAACUUUGAAGAGGAACUAAAACAUCCUGGAGUAUGGGAAACAGACCAAAGUGGUGGUGCCACAUCAACAGCUGAUACUUCUAGAGAUAAUCUUGCCACCUUAUAUCGCCCUCCUUUUGCUUUGAUGUUCCAUGGCCCAUUUGAGAAGGCUAAAGAAUCUGCUAAAAAUCAAGAUCGUUGGCUUCUAGUGAACUUGCAAUCAACCAGGGAAUUUAGCUCACAUAUGCUUAAUCGAGAUACAUGGGCUAAUGAAGCUGUUUCUCAAACAAUCAUGUCUAAUUUCAUCUUCUGGCAGGUAUGUGAUGAUACAGAAGAUGGAAGCAAGAUAAAAACAUACUACAAAUUGGAUUCGGUUCCUGUAACUCUUGUUAUUGACCCUGUUACUGGUCAAAAGAUGCGUUUAUGGCGUGGAAUGAUUCAACCAGAAAAUUUAUUGGAGGAUUUGUUGCAAUUCAUGGAUGGUAGCCCUAAGGAUCAUCAUUUUAGUUUGUCACACAAACGUCCAAGAGAAAAUUCUCAAGCUCCACCUCCUAAAAUUCAAGCAAUGCCAGUGGUUGCAAAUGGAACAAGUGAAGAAGAUGAAGAGAUGAGAAUGGCACGAGCUUUAUCUAUGGAAACAACAAAAAAUAGCAUUGAAGAACCCUCAAAAGGUUCAGAUGCUAUUAAAACUGGAAAAGAGACUCCGGAAUCAGAGAAGCCGACUUAUCCACCGCUACCUGAAGAACCCAAGGGUGAUCGGAAUCUUGUUUGCAGGGUUGGAAUCCGGAUGCCAGAUGGGCGCAGACUUCAGAGGAACUUUUUAAGAUCCGAUCCAAUACAACUGCUGUGGUCAUUCUGCCAUGGGAAUCUGGAAGGUAGUGAUGAGAAGCCAUUCCGGUUGACACAUGCCAUUCCUGGUGCAGUGAAGGAUUUGGACUACAACACCAAGUCAACAUUUGGCGAGUCCGGAAUUGCCAAUUCCAUGAUUUCUGUUACUUGGGAAUGAAAGUGAUAUGGUCUUUUUUCUUUGUUUUAGUUUCCUUUUUUUAGUAACCUUAAUGGAAGUCUUUUAUUUAAUCUCUGGUUUUUAUGUAUAUAUGGUUUAUACACCAAUUUAUGUUUUUUGUGUUCUUCAUGCUAAUGGUUAUUAAAUUAUGGUA